ACUGACUCACACACGAUUAGUAAACAGGUUGGCCCAGACACAUCGUCUGCUAUUAUAUUUGUCAUUUGGAUGAACUGUGGGUUUGAAAAAGGACGUUUUCCAUUCAUGCGGAGUGUUUAAGAACAUUAAUAUUUUGUAUAGUCACCCUCAUUUACCGAUAUAAUUAUAAGCAAAGAACUUAUCGUUGAAGAUCAUCCAGGGAAAAACAAUGAGAAUUGGCGAGACAGCCGUCAUGUUUGAUGCCCCCUUCCUCGACCUGUUCCAUAUGAUCCCCAGUCAGCAGAUUGCCGGUCAUAUGACAAGAUGGGGAUUUAACGCCGGUAGCGACCAACACACACGUCCGAGGAGAGAACAAUUCCCCAGAAAGUCUACCACGCAGAGUCGACACCAAGAGUCACAUUCUAGAGCAGCCGCAGCCGCCCAGAGUCGACCUAGAGAGAUUAUCAUUCCAAUUCAGAUUGAAGGAAGGUCUCAAGGGUGUAGUGCAGUAACGGAGAUUCCUGAACGCUGUCGUUUUGCAAGUGAAAAUCAGAACAAUAAUGGGACACACGGAACUCAUCCUAAAUUGAAUGGGAGCAGAAGAGGCGUGCGAAAAGACGGGUCGGACGAUUAUGUUAGCAUUGGAGUUCCAACGGGAAGCGGUACUGUAGUUGGGAACUCGCCCAGCGCCUGUUCGUCGCGUGGAUAUUCAAAUCAAAAGUCGAGGGACUUACUAUCGUGGAUUGAUUCCGAGCAGUACGAGCGUGAAUGCCCACCACGGACUACAAGUGGCCCCAGAGUGUACGAUCUGACUGAAGACGACCAUUCAGGUGUCCGGCGUCGUGGCAGAGGAACAAACCAACCAGCCACCUCAUCCUGUGCGGACAGCAGCCGAUCAGGUGACGCCACGAACCACCUCUGUCCGGAUUUAGCCAAACGUGUGGCUCCGUUCAUAACCGACACGCCCAGCUACCCCGUGUACGGCAGUCUCAAACAGAGGCUGAAGGUGGACGGGCGGCAGAUCGAUUACAUACGUGGGGACGGGAACUGUUUCUUCAGGGCCCUCAGUAAAGAGAUCUACGGAUCUGAAGAAUUCCACGACGACAUUCGGCAGGCGGUCGUUGACCUGGUGGAAAAGUACGCCGGUGACUUCAAACAGUUUCUCUUCACCGAAACGAAUCUAGACGACCACAUAGAGGAGAUGAGAAAGGCGUCCACGUGGGCGUCAACGAUGGAGAUCUACGCGGCGGCGACGUUGUUGCAGCGCGACAUAUUCAUUUUGUCUCCGGAUCACACAGGGGAUUUGUAUAACUGGAUGCUGUUUUCUCCCAGAUUCGUCUACAAUCGCACGAUGACGUACCACCCGUGCCACAUCGCCAUGUGUCACACACACGGCAACCACUACGACCGCAUCACGCAGAUCGAGGGCGACUGCAACUGCGGCGUAGAGACGCCCACCCUGGCAGGCAAAACAGAUUAUGUUGAUCUUACUGUGUGAACAUGUUUGAAGACACUUUCUGUUAAUAUAUAUAAAUUGAAUUGUGUGUAAAAAUGUAAAAUAAUUACGUUCUGUUGAUAUAUAUAAAUUGAAUUGUGUAGAAAAUGAAAGAGGUAAUGUAAAAAGAGACAUUUGUUUAUUUAUAAACUGAAUUGUGUGUAAAAAUGUAAGAGGGAACAUUUGAAGAUGUAAGAAGAAACAUCUGAUGAGAUUUUCUGUUGAUAUGUAAAUUGAAUGAUGUUUAAAAAUGUAAAAGAGACACUCUGUUAUACAAAUUGAAUUGUGUGUAAAAUUAAAAGAGAAAACAUUUAAGGAGACUUUCUGGUUAUAUUUAAAAUGGAUUGUUCAUAAAAAAAAGUAACAGAAAAUGUUUUAAGAUGCACUUUAUUGUGAUAUAUAUAAAUUUGUGUGUAAAACUAAGGAUAUAUUUGUAAAUAAUCUUUCUCAGUAUAUAAAUUGAAUUACUGGUAUAUGUAAAAAAUGUUAGAGGGAAUUUUUGAAAAUACACUUUCUGUUGAUAUUUAAAUUGUAAAAAUACAAGGGGAAACUUUUUAGCAGUUUUCUGCAAACUUUUCUAAUAAGAGUUACCUAUGAGCAAAUUUUCCUAAUAAGCGUUACCUAUGGGCAGAAGUGUAUACAAUAUUGUGUACGUUUCUGUCAGUUGAUAUAGAUGUGACUGUCGCAGGUUAGCAGAACCAACGCAGUUUGUUCGAAACUCAUUAUACACUUCGUUUUUAUUACCCAAUGUUAUUUUAUUGUAUGCAUUCCUUCAAACUGAAUCCCAUAGAGUGGAUAAUAUUAAAGAUCACAGUGAAAUUGAUAAAUUAAUAAAGUUUGGAAAGUGCAUUUUCUGUUCAUAAUAAAUUUAAUCAUAUAUAAAUCUGGAGAUGUUAUCCAGUAUUCAGUGCAAUCCUGUUCCUAAAUGGUUCCGUGUGUGUGAGAGAGGGAGCGAGUGAGAGAUGGAAGGAAAGAGAGAUUGGGUUGUAGUAUACGGGUACCAAUUAUUCUAGUCUGAAACUCGAUAUAACGUGACAUGAUGUGAUAUAUUUAGUAUGAGAUGUCAUUGUGAUGAAUAAUUUUUAAACAUGUAUCAUGACAUUAAAAACGGUUAUAAAUACUG